UCAGCUCUUCUUUGAAACAUGAUGGUGAAAGUGGGCGUCCUGGGAUUUGGUAUACUGAGUUUUAUGAACUCUGCACAAACAAUGCUCCCCAUCUUCCAUCCCAUCUCAUUGUCAAUCUCUGAAAAAGAGAAUCCAUCACAACUCUGUACCCACUCAGAAUAUAAAUGAGUCUUCUUCAUAGGCUUUAACUCUCCAAACAAGGAUGCACAAGCCAUGGAGAUAAUAUAUCCAGAUUGCUCCAGAUAUAUCCUUCAAUAGCAGGAACUUUACACUAGCAUUCUGAGAGUAAUAAUAUUGUCUGCUUUCCUCCUUUUUUUUCUUAAAGUCCGAGACAGUAAAAAACAGUAUCUGAGAUCAGCAACCAAUCCGAAUGGGAAAAAACACAUAGUUUAGAUUUUUAUAGAGCUCAUAAAUAGUUUAUAGGUGAGUCGUUUGAUUUGGGGCUGGGCUUGAGAUCCUUCCUGCUUUGUGAAAUAGGGUUCGGGAACGUUCUGCAAGGAGAAAGAACAUAAUCCUCUCCUUGGAGAGACACUUAUUGGAGAGAGGUGGGCCAAACAGAUCACUCUUGGGCACAAGCACUCCCACACAACACUCCCCACCCACUGCAACCCACUUGUUCUCUUUAGUUAACUUCCUGCUUCUCUGAGGCAUACCUGCCAGUGAAGGAACUGAGAGGAGAAAAGAAAGAUGAGAAAGUACCUAAUCAUGGAGAAAUGAAGCUUUGGAUUCAGUGCUUGAAGAAUUCAGGCUCUAAUUUCCCAGACGUCUGUUCCUCCCGCUACCCAGCCUUUCCCCCUCUGUCUGCCAUUGCCAUCCAUAACACCAUGUGGUUAGAGUCACAUUGGAAGAACAUCCGCCAGACUCUGUUACUUCUCUUCACUGCUGCACUUCUCAUUGGGGUCACAAUGUUGGCUGUUUCCUCUAACAUCAACCCAGUAGGAUACUUCUUCCUGGGGGUGGGAGGCUUGUGCCUCAUUGGCUACUUGCUGAGUGUAUUUGCAGAGUAUUACGUGAAACAUCAGCAGACACAGAACGCAAAUCUGGCAGCUCCAAGGAUGCAGAGCCAGGCAGGGGUGAAUAAUGCUUAUGAAGCUCCUGCAUAUGAGGAAGUGAUGAAUAUGCCAAACCCAACAAUUUGGACAAUCACUUCCAAUGCAGGCACAGUGCCUUCACCGGUGGGUGAUCCCCCGCCAUACAGUGUGGUUAUAGAGUCACCUGCCCUGGCUGAGGCUGUGGUGGAGACCUUCAGUGUCUCAGUAGCGUCAGGCACUAGGCAUUUCUCUGAGGCAGAUGCAGGAUCCAGGCUGCACCUUCGGUUGGUAUUGCCCCCAAGGCUGCAGCGGUUUGCUUCAGAUAUCCAUGAAGUCAAAGGUGCUGAAGACAGUGUGGAACCCUUGGAGCCACUUACACCACCCCCUGCUUAUGACAGUGAUACUGAAGAUGAGGUCUUUGAAGAAACUGGGGAAUCUGCAAGACUAUGACUACUUAAAAAAAUACCAGAUGUCAUGGAUUCAACACAAAACCCACCACAGUGCAUCAGUACACAGGAGAAAAAAAGCUGUGGAAACAGUCAAGAGCCUGCAGUGGUGAAUGUUAAAGCCACAACUGACUUUUGAGGUGCUUGGUGUCUGGGGUUGCAGAUGAGUUAUAUGAAAGGAGGAUAAGGUACACCCUCACCCCAGCCCUACCCACAUUUGCAUAUCUCAACAGAUACCCUACCCAAACCAUUUCUGUCCUACAUAGAUCAACACCACUGUCUAUUUCUUACACACAAGCCCACUCCAUCCACUGUGAUAGAUGUGCAGAAACUACCCUUUUUCACUUACACAAAUGCAUAGGCACACAUUAAUUUAAGUCAGCUCAAUGCAAUGAGAUUUCAUUGGCAGGACAAGCUUUGUAAGGGAGCCAAAGAACUUUAGAAAAAAGGCAAACCACUCAGGUAUCAGUCAGAAGCAGAAGCACUCUACUCCCCUUACAUAUACCUAACAUAUAUACAUGCACACAGAUUUGCUACCUCCCAUGUGUGUUAAAGUGCAAAUGACCCUGACACAAAUGACCCUAUGUGUGUUAAGGUGCAGCGGGCUGAAAAUUGCAGGGGUGGUAGCCCCUGCUCAGGCCACAAAGCCUGCCAAGCUUCAAGAAAAUUGGUGCAGGGGUUUGGGGGGAACUGCACCCCAAGCUGCUGACAGGCAAAACUCGUGAUGUGGGUGGCUGCUUGGGCGACUACGUCUGUCUUGGAGCACAGGGGGGUGAAAUCUAGUGCAAGCCUGGGUGCUGGGCCCUGCCAGGCCACGAAGCCUGCCAGCUGUGUGUGUCUUGCUGGGGGAGUCUGUCAUCCGGGGCCCUGCACCCCAAGCUGCUG